AAGAGUCGCGACAUAAGUCGACUUUUGCAUGCAGGGUAGUAGUUUUAACAAAAUCUAUGAAUUGUCAUCUGAAGAGUCGCUGGUUGGCCGUGUACCAGUAAGCGUGUUUGUAAUAGUCAAAAAGCGCGAUCAGGAUUGUUGAUGCAAUCCUCCUUAUUUCUUAUGCAAGCAUAUCCUGUAUUCCCAUUUAAGCCUUUUUGUUUCCCAUAUAACUAUUGAAAGCAAGAUAAGAAAUACCUUGGUUACUAUGGUCAAAUCGUCCCCGCCACGUUGUUACACUGGGGACGGGUACCAAUAACGUUGAGAAGAAGAAGAAGAAACAAAAUCUAUAACAGAGAGGUUAAACUUAACCUAAACUAGGUUGAAACGGAACACGUAUAUACGCGUUGUGCUAAAAACUUAUUAAAAAUGGGUGGAUGUGCAGCACCAUUUUGCAACAAUUCGGCAGCCAAAGGCUACGUAACGAAAAUAUUUCCCCGAAAUAUUGAACGACGUGCUCUGUGGAUCAAAAAUGUAAGCGAAAGAUGUUGGGGAAAUGGUGUGAAAAAUUGGACACCUGCGACAAAUUCUCAUCUCUGCGAGGUACAUUUUCCACCAGAGAUGUGGGAACCAAGAACUGAUGUACGAAAAUUAAAAUCAAGUGCAUAUCCCACAAUAUUUGGAUAUUUUUUGAAAAAAAAACCAACGGAAAAUAACGCUAGACAAGUAUUAACAAAAAACAUUAAAGUAAAUAAUAAAGCAGAUUCUAAUGAAUCAUAUCAACCUAUCAACGUUCAGGUGAAUAAAUCUGUUACUUAUAUUCAAAAGCAAAAAAAUCAGGUGAUUAAUGAUAUAUCUAAAUGUAAUACAUCAUCAGCAAUAAAUCCAGCUUCAACAAGUAUAGUUAAAUCUAUUGAACCAUAUCAACCCAUAGAUGACUUUCGAUUUGAUCAACCUAUUAAUGAUAUUGUAAAACAAGAGUAUCAGUUUGAGCAACCUGUUGAUGAUAUUGUAAAACAAGAGUAUCAGUUUGAGCAACCUGUUGAUGAUAUUGUAAAAGAAGAAUAUCAGUUUGAGCAACCUGUUGAGGAUAUUGUAAAAGAAGAAUAUCAGUUUGAGCAACCUGUUGAUGAUAUUGUAAAAGAAGAAUAUCAGUUUGAGCAACCUGUUGAUGAUAUUGUAAAAGAAGAAUAUCAGUUUGAGCAGCCUGUUAAUAAUAUUGUAAAACAAGAAUAUCAGGCAAUUGAUGAUACAUCUGAAACAUCAAUCUUAUGUCCAACUACAUGUUCAGAUGAAUGUAAUGAAAGAGAAGAAAUGCGAUAUAAGAAAUUGGAAGAUAUUAUCCGAAGACAACAACUAAAAAUGUUUGAAAUGCUAAAAGAAAUGAAAAGUUUGAAGGAUACUAUAUAUAUUUUAAAAAAUAAACAUAAUAAUGAUAAGUAUAAAAAAGCUUUGGAAUCUGUUUUUACUGACUGUCAAAUUAAAGCUUUAUUUGCGGAAAAACGAUGCGUUCGAAUGUGGUCGCAUGACACAAUUAAACGUGCUUUACAAUUGAAAUUUGCAUGCGGAACUAAUGGGUAUGAAGAACUUAUUCGUCAAGGAUACCCACUUCCAAAUCUACGAACAUUACAGCGAAAAAUAAAAUUUCAAUUUUAACUAAGAAUAUCCGAAUAAAUGUUACAAAAAUGAAAAAAAUCUUAUUUAAAAAGUAAAAUUGAUUUAGAAUCAUGGGUUAAUAUUUGACAAAAUGCUCAUAACAUCAAAGCAAUCUUACAAACUUUCGAUUAGAUUACAAAUAGGUUUCUUAAUAAUACAAAUGAUCUUAUGGAAAAUGUUACGCGCAUGUACAGUGGUAGACAAUUAUAGUUGCAACACUAUUCUAAAUGUUUUAAUAGAUGCAAAAUGUUAAUUUAAAAAUUAUUUUUUAUUUCAAAAUUCAAUGAAAUUAAAGCUAACUAUAUUUUUUAUUGUCACGUAUAUACAAAAUCAUGAAACGAUCUACAACAUUUAGAUUAAAAAUAUUUAAUAAAAAGGUCAUAAAAUCUAAAAAAUAUGAUAGUAAAUCGAUGCCCAUGUACAAUAAUUUGUAAAAUAAAUGUUCAAAGUAUAAAGAA